GAUGGAAGACGAAGCAGCUGCUCCGGCUGGCAGACAAAGGGAGGGGGGAGGAGCCAGCGCCGAGAAAGUUUGUGGGGAAAGUUGAGCUGAGCAAGGAGCCGGGCGGUGGCUGGGGCAGGCGGGAGGGCCCUGCACAUUUCCCUGCUGCUCCCCUUGUGGUCCGACGCUGACAGAGGCAAAAAUCUGCUAACUCAGGGGCAGGCUCAACCAAGGCUGUGAGCAGGCCUGGGGAAUGACCCCCCCGAACUCCAGCCAGUGCCUUCCGUGGCUGCAGGGCUGUCUCGAGCCGUCUCUACCUCUGUUCCCUGCCCUGGCUCUGUCCCUCUCUAGCUUCACCCUUCCCUGUGCCACAUGGGUCCUCUGUCUCCUACCAGGACGAUGCGGUUCUGGGGGCCUCGGAGCCUGGGGGUGGCUCUGGGAGUCUUCAUGACCAUCGGAUUUGCCCUCCAGCUCUGGGGGGGACCCUUCCAGAGGAGGCUACCCAAGCUGCAGCUCCGACAUCCCUGGGCCCCAUCCCCGAGACCAGCCUCUCCGUCCUGCCCACCCCGGCAGCGGCUAGUGUUCCUGAAGACGCAUAAAUCGGGGAGCAGCUCUGUGCUAAGCCUGCUUCAUCGCUACGGGGACCAGCAUGGGCUGCGCUUCGCUCUCCCUGCCCGCUACCAGUUCGGCUACCCAAGGCUUUUCCAGGCCUCUCGGGUCAAAGGCCACCACCCCCAGGGUGGAGACACCCAGUUCCCCUUCCACAUCCUCUGUCACCACAUGAGGUUCAACCUAAAAGAGGUACUUCAGGUCAUGCCUUCUGACAGCUUCUUCUUUUCCAUUGUCCGAGAUCCUGCUGCUCUGGCCCGCUCUGCCUUCUCCUAUUAUAAAUCCACCUCAUCAGCCUUUCGAAAGUCACCAUCUUUGGCUGCCUUCCUGGCCAAUCCUCGAGCUUUCUACCAGCCUGGGGGCCGUGGGGACCACUACGCCCGCAAUUUAUUAUGGUUUGACUUUGGUCUCCCCUUUCCUCCAGAGAUGAGGGCCAAGAAAGGGAAUCUUCACCCCUCCAGAAACCCCCACCCCCACCAGAUGCAUGUCUUGCCUUCUGGCGCUGGCCCUCGAGUCCGAAUCCUAGAUCCCAAUGCUCUCUUCCAUCCUAUUUCCACUGUUGUUCAUGGUAACAUCCAGACACGCAGCCCUCCCUCUUUAAAUUUGGGGUCUUCAUCCUUCAUCCAGUGGAGCCUAGCGUGGCUGGACUCCGUCUUUGACCUGGUCUUAGUGGCUGAGUACUUUGAUGAAUCUUUAGUUCUGCUGGCAGAUGCCCUGUGCUGGGAUCUGGAUGAUGUGGUGGGCUUCAUGCACAAUGCCCAGGCUGGAGGUGAGCAGGGCCUCAGCAUUGCCAACAACGGUGGAUUGACUGUUGAGGAUCAGCGGCUGAAUGCACGGGCUCGAGCCUGGAACAACCUAGACUGGGCUCUCUAUGUUCAUUUCAAUCGUAGUCUAUGGACACGGAUAGAGCAAUAUGGCCAGAAACGGCUGGAGAAAGCCGUGGCUGAGCUCCGGGCUCGCAGAGAAGCCCUGGCCAAACAUUGUCUGGUAGGGGGUGAGGCUUUAGACCCCAAAUACAUCACUGACCGUCGGUUCCGCCCCUUCCAGUUUGGGUCAGCUAAGGUUUUGGGCUAUAUACUUCGGAGUGGACUGAGCCCCCAAGACCAGGAAGAAUGUGAGCGCCUGGUUACCCCUGAGCUACAAUACAAGGACAAGUUGGACACCAAGCAGUUCCCCCCUACAGCCCCACUGCCCCUCAAGACUUCAAAGCUGCUCUCUCCAUAAGCAUCAGACCACAGAUUUAAAACAAAAAGCAGCUAAGAUACAAGGGCACAUGUGAUGUGUAUGGGGCAGUUACAUGCCAUUUCUGCUUCCCUCAGAAGGGAUAGGAUUCCGCCCUAAUGCAGACCCCGUCUUCUGGCCUUGGACGUGGAAUCCCAGACAUUAGGUUCCCAGCAGCGCCUCUCGCCUCCACACAUUUUGCCCUUUCCCCUUUCCAGCCCCACUGCAGGUCCUCUUAGCACUCUCCAAAGUCCCUCGAGGGGCUAACGAUGGAGGGUGCCAGGAGAGGUUGGGGCAUGGUGAUCUGGAAUGAUUCGUCCAUUUCUCUAUGAAAUAUUUGUUAUUGUUUAUUUCACUAUGAAAUGUUUGUUGAAUGAAUAAAGAAUUUGGAACUUCUAU